AUGGGUGUGGUUACCAUCUCUCAUGGCCAGCCUUUUGCCGCCCGUGGCCGAAUGUAUCCUCAUUUUGCGUCGUUAUCGACUUACCGUAGAUUAUGCCCUCAUCACCUAUCUCCAGCUCGAAAAUUUCAUAAUGCGCAUUUUGCCCCUCUCAGGCACGCUGUUUCUUUUGUUCAAAUCCAGUCUGGUACAUUGGAGACUGAAGGAGUUGACUUACUUGUUGGGAGCACCUAUGUAGACACUAUAUUGAAGGAAUUGCCUGUAUUAACAGCGGAGGAGCAGAACGCCAUUGCUGCAACUCCUGCACAUCCGGCUGGACUCUAUGCAUUAUAUGCUAGUUGCUUGGCUGGGAAUUUCGUUGAGCAGCUUUGGAAUUUUGCUUGGCCUGCUGCCAUUGCAAUGAUUCAUCCGAGUCUUCUUCCUGUGGCUGUCAUGGGAUUCUUCGCAAAGCUUGCAGUAAUUGCUGGAGGCCCAUUGGUGGGAAAGCUAAUGGACCAUUUUCCUAGAGUACCAGCGUAUAAUUGCUUGACUAUUGUUCAGGCAGCUGCUCAGUUGCUAUCUGUUGGGAUGAUAAUUCAAGCUCACUCAGUCAGCCCCACUCAUGUGUCUUCUGUUCUUGUCCAACCUUGGUUUCUUAUGCUCACGAUAGCUUUGGCUAUUGAAAGGCUCUCUGGGCUUGCCCUUGGGGUUGCCACAGAGCGUGACUGGGUUGUUUUGUUGGCAGGAACAAACAGACCAAUGGCGCUUGCUCAAGCGAAUGCAGUCCUUAGUAGAAUUGAUCUCCUCUGUGAGAUCACAGGAGCAACAUUAUUUGGCAUUUUCUUAUCUAAGCAUGAACCAGUGACAUGCUUAAAGCUAGCUGCUAGUUUGAUGAUGUGGUCUCUGCCUGUUAUGGUUUUCCUUACAUGGUUGACAAACAAGCUUUCGGCUGGAGUCCUGGACCGUGCAAAGUAUCCACAAACUUGUUGCUGCAGUAAUCUUGAAGGACCUAUGCCAGAUACCUCAAAUAUUGUGGCUACAAGUAUAGAAGUUAUCAAGCAUGGGUGGUUUGAAUACAUUCAGCAGCCUGUUCUGCCAGCAAGCCUUGCUUAUGUGUUGCUCUACUUCAACGUUGUUCUUGCUCCGGGUGGUUUGAUGACUGCUUUCUUAACACAACAUGGUUUAAAUCCUACAAUUAUUGGAGGGUUUAGUGGACUAUGUGCAUUUAUGGGUGUUGCAGCAACAUUUAUGUCAGCAAAGAUGGUUGAGAGUCUUGGCAUUCUGAAGGCUGGAGCAGCUGGCCUUAUAUUUCAGGCUUCACUUCUUACCAUUGCAGUUGCUGUGUACUGGAGUGGCUCCCUUUCUCAAAAGAUCCCAGUUGUAUUCUUCCUAUGUUUGAUUGUACUGUCCAGACUGGGACGCAUGUCAUAUGAUGUUGUGGGAGCACAAAUUCUUCAAACCGGGAUUCCUCCAUCUAAAGUUAAUCUUAUAGGGACUACAGAACUCGCGGUUGCUAGCAUGGCAGAAUCAAUAAUGCUAGGAGUUGCUAUAAUUGCUAAUGAUGUUUCGCACUUUGGUAUUCUAGCAGUGUUGUCACUUAUAUCGGUGGUUGGAGCAGCUUGUUUGUACUGCCGCUGGUUGACAAAUCCUACUGAUACACAAAGGAAUCUCUUUCCUGUUGAACUGCACUUCUCAUAG